AAAUUUUGUUGAUGUACUAAUUGCAGGAAUGAGAAUCUAUCACUGUAUUAUACCUCGAAAAGAAUAUGUGUGUAUUUCCUUUGUGUGGCGGCAGAGGGCAGACCAAGGACACUAUAAUAGUCUCCUUGGGGCAGGCGCUGUCCAGUGCCCAGCCCGGCUCAGGCAGCACAACAACAGUCCCGCCACCACCACCACCUGACCUCAGCAGUGCCAGCACGGAGCCAGCACCCUGCAGACCCGCACAGCGUCCUACGAGAAGCUCUGAAGCCGCCACGAUGCGCUGGUCUCCGCCGGCACUCCUUCUGCUGCCCCUGCUGCUGGCCUGGGACACCACUUCAGUCAGCCGCGUGUGUGGGCGUAAGGCUGGAGACCAUCCUAUCCAACAACCCAAUCCUGCUUCUGCUCCUGACCUGCUUUCGGGUACAAGAAAUCCCUGGAUACGCCGAGAUCAAAUCCCUCAACCUACAACUGCUGGUCCUGACUACACUGACGACCCCGAUGCCGCGUCUAGUCCUGAAAUUGGAGAAUUAGUACCGCAUGUGUCGGAGACGGUUCAGCCCGUUAAAGAAUGUCUUGUACAUGAUGGGAACAAGUGGAGAACUGAUGCAAUAUGUCAACGUAAGAUAAAUAAGGCGACACAGACGACCCCACUUAGAUAAAAAAAAAAGCCACAUCGCCCCAAGACGACCAGCCACACCACACCAUCACGACCACUAAUACCAGCCACACCACACCAUCACGACCACUAAUACCAGCCACACCACACCAUCACGACCACUAAUACCAGCCACACCACACCAUCACGACCACUAAUACCAGCCACACCACACCAUCACGACCACUAAUACCAGCCACACCACACCAUCACAACCACUAAUACCAGCUACACCACACCCACGACCACUAAUACCAGCCACACCACACCCACGACCACUAAUACCAGCCACACCACACCAUCACGACCACUAAUACCAGCCACACCACACCAUCACGACCACUAAUACCAGCCACACCACACCAUCACGACCACUAAUACCAGCCACACCACAUCAUCACGACCACUAAUACCAGCCACACCACAUCAUCGCGACCACUAAUACCAGCCACACCACACCAUCACGACCACUAAUACCAGCCACACCACACCAUCACGACCACUAAUACCAGCCACACCACACCAUCACGACCACUAAUACCAGCCACACCACACCAUCACGACCACUAAUACCAGCCACACCACACCAUCACGACCACUAAUACCAGCCACACCACACCAUCACGACCACUAAUACCAGCCACACCACACCAUCACGACCACUAAUACCAGCCACACCACACCAUCACGACCACUAAUACCAGCCACACCACACCAUCACGACCACUAAUACCAGCCACACCACACCCACGACCACUAAUACCAGCCACACCACACCCACGACCACUAAUACCAGCCACACCACACCCACGACCACUAAUACCAGACACACCACACCCACGACCACUAA